GCGCGGGCGGCGUCACCUCACAGGCUCCAGUCUGGUUGUCAUGUGCCAUUCAGACUCGCUGGAGGUCAGCUGACACAUCGCUUUCGYGUGUGAUGUUUACUUUCUUUGUCUUAGCAGUGGUUAAUUAAAGGUUUAAUUGAAUGAAUGCGUCGCUAUGCUUCACCCCGGAGAAUCAUGGUAGUCGUGAACUCGGUGUUAAAGCUGUUGCAGAGGCAGACGUACACCUGUCUGUCCCACCGGUAUGGACUCUACCUCUGCUUCGGGGGGCUCGUUCUCAUGAUUGUUUCCGCAUUUCAGUUUGGAGAGACUCUGUCUGCCCAUGCCUAUCGAUGUGGUGUACACAUGGGUGAACGGCACAGACGUCGCUCUGCUGAAGGAGCUGAAUGCGGUCAAAGAUCAGCUGGAGGAGGAACAGAAAGCUCUGAGGGAACGCCUGGGGAAAAAUGCAAGCGACGCGACAGAAGUGCCAAAAGACAGCGAGAAGCCCGAGUGUCUGCUGUCCCGCUGCAUCGUAGCGCCCAUGUUGGCGCUGGAUCCCGCGCUGCCGGCCAACGUUACGGUCAAAGAGCUGCCGGCGAUCUCUCCCUCCUUCGCCGCCGCCAAAGAGCUGCUGCUGAUGAACAAACCCUUCCAGCCGCCGCUCGCCGUCUCCGUGGUCGUCUUCCACUCGCAGGCUGACGCCGAUAAAGCUUAUAAAGAUGUUUCCAAAGAAGUCCACAAGUUCUCCGUUUCCUGGUGUUUCUUGACGACAGAUAAAGAGGCUCCGGGCCUGAUCCGCAUGCAGACUCUGGCCUAUCUGAGCGGCUUCCCAGCAUCCUUUAAGGAGACGGAGCAGCUGCGAGUUAAACUGCCCUCAGUCGUAACCAACAAGAUGAAACAG